UUUAUAAAGUAAACUUUUUUUCAAAAACCAUCAAAACAGUUCUUCUAAGAACUUCGCUACGACAUAGUAAUUUUAAUAUGUCAGAUUCAGAAAGUGAUUGGUCAGAUGUACCUGAAGAUGAAGCAAAUGAAGAAUUAGUUCUAUGCCUAUUUUGUCCUAAUAAGUUCUCAUCUGUGGAUAGUUGUUUUAAACACAUACAAAACAAUCAUGAGAUCAACAUAAGAAAGACCAUUAAAAUGAAACAGAUGAGUUUUUAUGUGUACAUUAAAUUCAUAAAUUAUGUCAGGAAGAAUAAUUUAGAUCCCUCUGCAGCAAGUCAAUUAGAGCUGCAUCAGUUUGAAGAUGAGCAAUGGCUUAUCCCAUCAAUAGAAAAUGAUUUAUUGUUGCAGUAUGACGUUGAAAGUGAGCUGCGUGUCGAUUCUGAUUCACAGGAAGAAAGUUUGGAUAUAGUUAUGAAACUUAGUAUUGCAGAAGAGCGUGCUAAAUUAGCUGAGGAGUUUUUAGAAAGAACACUGGACGACCUAAAUGUAUGUCGACAGGAACUCAAUGCAUUGUUACUAGGGAAGGCAUCAGGAAGAGAAUUUAAGCCCAAUGCGCAAGAGCAGGAGAGCGAGGGGUACUUUAGUUCUUAUGCCCAUUUUGGCAUACAUGAGGAAAUGUUAAAAGACAAAGUUCGCACUGUGUCUUACAGAGAUUUUAUUUUGAAGAAUACUAAUAUUUUUAAAAAUGCGAAAGUGCUUGAUAUCGGGUGUGGGACAUCAGUAUUGUCCAUGUUUGCUGCACAAGCUGGUGCUACUAAAGUCUUGGCCGUUGAUAAUUCUGAUGUGGCGUAUCAAGCUAUGGAUAUUGUGAAAGAAAAUAAUUUGGAUUCUAUUAUUGAAGUGAAAAAAGGUAAAGCCGAGGAUAUUGAAGUUAGUGAAAAAGUUGAUGUUAUCAUAUCAGAAUGGAUGGGCUACUUUUUGUUGUUUGAAAGCAUGUUGGAUACAGUGCUGUACUGUCGUGAUAAGUACCUGUCGGAGAAGGGUUGUAUUUACCCAGAUAAAUGCAACAUACAAUUAGCUGCACUCUGUGACGACCAGCUGUACGAAAGUAAGUUGAAAUUCUGGGAUGAUGUCUAUGGAUUUAAAAUGACUGCGAUGAAAUCUGGUGUGCUUGAGGAGCCUUUAGUGACAGUUGUUGAGAGCGCGAAGAUCAUGUCUGAAUCGUGUAUUCUAAAGGAGUUUGAUCUGAUGAAAAUUUCAACAUCAUGUUUGGAUUUUGAUCAGAAGUUUACUUUAAAAGCCGUUAAGAAAGGCACAUGUUCUGCUAUUGUUGGCUACUUUGAUAUUAAAUUCGAACAGGAUGCAACUCACCCAGUUCUGUUCAGUACCAGCCCACAUGUGGAGCCAACACAUUGGAAACAAACCGUAUUCUUUUUAAAAACACCUAUUCUUAUGGGCAUUGGUGAUGUACUAAUUGGACGGAUAAUUUGUAAGAAAAAUAAACAAGACCAUAGGGCGUUAGAUAUUGCUAUCUUUUUGUAUGAUAAGAAUGAUUGUGUUACCUCGAGACAACAUUAUGUCUUGAGUUGAUCAUCUUGUAAUAAUUGAUAAUUUUCUAGGAAAAAAGCAAUUCAAAAAUUU